AUGGCAUCUUGCCUCUUAGAGUGGUUGCGAGGAAGAUUCAGGAAGCGCGCACAGUCAUAUGGUUUUCCGGCUGAUCCAAGUUUGCCAAAGCCUGACAAGGUGGUGGUCGUACGCACCGGGCAAGAGCUGAAUGUCGGCCUUGCUUUCGCCUGGGGCACUUUUGGCACUGUGCACCGGGUGGAAGGCACGGUGAAUGGCGCGGAUGCGGUGGUGAAGCUGCCGCGAGUCCACAGGUUGUCUUUCCACGUCGGCGACGUGCUUCUUCUGAACGAAGUGGACGAUGAGAAUCGAGUGUGUCGUCGCGAGGAAAUGCUGCAAGAGGAAGCGAAGGUCCACCAGUCUCUGCACGAUUGCAGGGGCGUCGUGCCUUGGCUCUGCAACGUCCGGGCAUGGAUCGGUGGUGUGCAGGUAAGGGGAAUGGCCUUGCAGAAGAUGGACGGCACUUUGCGACAGCUUUGGACGCACAGCAACAGUGCUCAGCUGAACGUCAAUCAGAAUCGUUGCAACAGCAUCCGGUUGGCAGGCAUCCUAGGGUCCGCGGUCAACAUUCUCUGGGCAUUGGACAGGAUGCACGAGUGCGGGUUCUGUCACAUGGACAUCACACCAGAGAACUUGCUGUGGAGCGAAGCCCACUGCCAGUUGUACCUGGCGGACUUCGGCUCAGCUGCGCGACGGCCAGGAUUCACAGCGCAGGCAUUGCAGGAUCUGCCCGAAACUGCAAACAUCCGUGGGAGCUAUGCUUUGGCUUUCAGAGGGGUGUGGCGGGUGCUACGGCAGCUGUAUGAUCAGUUCCAUUACAGCUCCUUUGUUCGCUUUUAUCUCCGCGACGAGACCCCCAGCGACAAGAAAGUCGAGCUGCCGCUGGCCGACCGCCGCCUCGACUACUUCGCACUCGUGAUCAUUCUUCGCAACCUGCUUGGACAGAAAGGAUUUGUCGCUGGUCGCCAUGAUUCCUAUCCGGAGGGCGAAGCAAGGACGAUUCCGAACUCCUUCGAUCCACCGAGACGCGAGGAGCCAUGGGGCCGGGCAGAUCCGACGUGGCCAUCGCUUUUGGAGGCGCGUGUGCAGCUGCGGGCCUUGACCGAUGGGCUGGAGGCGCUUGCGCUGCAGCCGGAGCACGAGCUCAAGCAGAACCAGGGAGAUGCCUUCUUGGAUGAUGCUUUGAGGAGGAGCCUCCAGGAUUGGCAACCGGCGGAGAGCCGCGAGAGGCUCAGGAGGCUUCAGGAGCUCGACCUCUGGCGGGGGAGGCUGGGCCCCGGACCCAGCGGACCUCUCGUCUUCUGGCACAGAGAUUCCUCCGGCACGGCCGUGGACAUCAUGUCCUUCGAGCUUGGGGAGCUGGGCGACCAGCCGCAGUACUUGGUGCACGAGGCGAAGAAGGAGCUCGCCGCCCGCUUGGGCUGUCUUCCUCCCCAAAUCAAGCUCUGGGCUUUGCUGCGGCCCCGCUUCGAAAGUUUGGAGGAGGAGGAGGUCUUCCCAGGUAUGCGCGUGGAGCAGCUGGAUUCGCCCAGUCUGCGCGUGGAGGUGAUGCCAGUCGAGCAACUCGAGAAGGGGAUCGGCUUCGAAGUCUCCGAGCACUUCAUGACGACCAGCUACGAAGAGGUCUGGUACCUCCUGAACAGCCGCCACGUGCACCCCGACUGCAUCUCUCUGCGGGACCUCAUCGACGCAGGGUCCGGGCCAUGCCGUGCGGCGCUGGAGAACAAGGCGGAUCCCAACCAGAUCGGCGACUGGAGAUGGAGAGACCCCAACAGGGCGGGACACUAUGGAGAUGGCAGAGGCACUACACCCUUGACUUACGCAGCCAAGAAGACGCCCUAUGCGUCGGACAACCGCGGCUGGUUUCGCCACGAGAAUGCCAAGGCUAUGGAGAUGAUGCAGAUGCUCUUGGAGGCUGGGGCGGAGGUCAACAUGGUCGAUGCCAACGGCGACACUCCCUUGUCGCUGGUACAGUGUCAACUGGAAAAGUGGUGCGAUCAGCCGCAGAUGUAUGCUACGUUUCGUGAAACUCGCAGCUUGUUGUGCGAAGCUGGUGCAGAUCCGACACUGCUGACCGUUUCUGUUUGA